UUCCUAAACGGUAGGUGGCAGCACUGCUGUCAGACAGCUGAUGUGACAACACAAAAACAGUCAGACGACAACAAGCACCACAAGCUAUGCGAGGUUAUUUUCUAGUGACUGGUUGGGGCUCCAACAUGCAUAGUUUGGUGGUACAAGCUCUUGCCAUGAGGCAGCUGGGAAGGCUGAACCCGCGCCAUCUACUGGCUGCUGGAUAUGGACCCGCACAGACUGAAUGGUGUCCCAGAACUAUCCAUACACGACAGCUGUGGGGCUGCUCUGCUUAUCCCACACUGGGCUGCCACGGGCCGGCUCUCUGCAGCAGGGAUGCCGUCAGGACGUGGUCUGUCCAUCAGCUGAGGUUCAAAAGCAACAAGAAGAAAGGUGCUGCUAAACCAACGCAUGAGGAAGAGGAAGACACUGAGAGCAGCGAUUCUGAGGAUGAAGUGGAUGAGGAGCCAAAUAUGCCAAAAGACUAUAAAGACAUUGAGAAAUAUGUGCAAUCCUUCCGUUAUGAUGUCAUUUUAAGAGCUGGCUUGGACAUGGCGCGCAACAAAAUUGAAGAUAGCUUCUACAGCAACAAGCUCAGACUAAAUGGACAAAAGCUUAUCAAGAAAAGUAAAACCGUGAGAGUUGGGGACACUUUGGACCUGGUGAUGUCAGAAAACCAAGAUACCAACACUGUGACUUUAAUGAGAGUUAUCCUGAAAAAGGUUUUGGGUGAAUCCACUAACACAGAAAAGUACAAAGUUUCUUUAAGGCGCUGGAAGUUUAUGACACUACCCAAGGAAGAGGCCUUCAAGCCUUGAAGUUCAUAAACGUUGCAGUUGUUAAUAACAUUGGCCAGUUAAGGCACUACAUGGACAUGCGACAUUGUUCAUAUGACAUCCUCUGCGAUGUGUCCACAAGAGUGUGAUGCGGCCACCUGGGAAGAUAGAUCAACCGUUCUGAUUCCAGACAUGGAAAAACAUGUUCCUGCUGUGCAAUAAAUGUGCACUUGGAUGAACUCUG